AUGCCGGGGGACUCGAGAGCACGGGCCCAGCUGGAGUCCAAGCCUCUCCCGGGCAUCCCUCAUCCCUCCCCCAACCCCGACAGGGACCGCUCCCCUGCACGUGGGGCUCCGAAACCAGCCUCCACUGUGAGGCGAUGGAUUCUCACCCCAAUUUUUGCGGCUUCAGGUGGUGUCAGUCUCUCCAUUUCGCAAGUGUCCCUGUUGGCUGUGAACGAGAGGCACCAGGACCUGCCCCCAGUGGAGCGGGGCCUGUACUGGAACGACCCGGAGCCACAGCCCCCCUACAUGGCCGCUUGCCGACCCUCCUUUUUUGGCUCCACCUUCAAUAUCAGUCUGCACAAGGAAGAGACGGAGUUCCAGCCCAGCCAGGGGGAGGCAGGGGAGGCGGGCGCGCACACUGGUAUCCUCGGCCGCCUCCUGGGGCUGCAGUCCCACCACCACCCCAGCAGGACGAGCUCGAAGACCAAGUUACUGCUGCCCCAGAAGGAAGGCUUCCUCCCUGAGGGCCAGCCCGAGCACCUCAGGGGUGCCAGGAAGCGCCCCGGGGACCCGCAAGACAGCGAGGCCUGGAAGAUGAGGGGGGAGGAGGCCUUUAAGUCCGAGGCGCUGUAUGGGAGGUCGGGCUACCACAGUGCCCCCCAGACGCCGCUCAGCUCCACCCCCACGGUGUUCCCACCAGGACCCUCAGCACCCCGUCUCCCCGGUGUCGACAACACUGUCAAAGACCAGAGGCCGCAGCCUGUGACACGAGGGGCCAGGAGGAGCUUGGAGCUGCUCCCAGAGUGUGCAGGGGCCUCGAUGGAGCCCCCGGAAUUGUGUCACAGCAAGAGGAAAACUGUCGAGUUUAACCUGUCAGCGGCCCCCGAGAGUCAUCUCCGAGAACCACAUACACGAUCGACAAGCAGCAUACACACGACACUCACAGACCACGACCCCUACUGGGCCUUGGAAAACAGGGAUGAAGCACAUUCCUAGUCCGUCUCCCCAGGGGCAGCGGCACCCGCCUGGUCCCACCCGUGUACACACCAUGGGACACUGACCCAGUCACAGACAGCUGUCCACACGGAUGCUCCCGACAGCCUGAACUACAUGGUCAGCUCAGUGGAUAACGAUAAUCAUUAGUUUCAAGACUACCUAAGCCUUUAAAUGCCGUUUGUACAUAAACGAAAGCUAGAAUGAGCCACUAGAAACAUGUAAUUCAGAAUCAGGAGUCCCAGAGUCCUGUCUGAAUUCCACACCCCAAGCCUU